GGGGAGACAUCAGCAAGCUGGAGAGGGGGCACUUCUUGACUGGAUUGUGGUUGUGUUGAUGAGAUAAAGUUAGCAGGGGGAUGUGGUCCAAGGGCCGUGGUCCAGUGGGUAGAAAGGCAUGCUGGCCAGGAUGGGGUAAGGGAGUUCUAUCACCAGUGCCCUGCAGGGGGACACAAAGAACUUCAUGAAAAAUACUAGAGACCCUGGGCUGGGGCACAUGCUGAAGUGGAACGAGGGGACUGGAUCAUGAGACCCCAGGAGACAACAGUGCUAGGAUUAGCGGAGAUGGAUGUAGCGGCAGCAUGGUCCACGGGCUCAAGGGGCACCGGAGUCUCUUUGGAAUAGGAACACUGCUUAGCUCAGGUUUAUUUGUGGUACUGGGGGUUGAAUCUGGGACCUUCAGUACCUCAGGCAUGAAAGUCUUUUUGCAUAACCAUUAUCUUUUGAAUGAAAGAGAGAGCACUUCACCAGGAUUUCCUCUCACCAAUGAUUUGCGCUCCUGUGAGAAGUACCAGCAGUAUCAACCCAGAACUUGGAACUCCCGGUCUCACCCUUUCCAGAUCGAGGCCACGCCCCCUCUCGGUUAAGGCCACCGCCCCUUCCCAGUGCGGGUUGCUGGCUGGGAACCACCGAGAUGGUCGGGCCUCCCAGUUGCCCAGAACGGCCGGAAGUCUGCGGAGAGGGCGGGUUCGAGCGGCGAAGGCCCAUUCCCAGAGCCGCUGCGCGUUUCCAAGCCCCGAGCGGUCCUCUGGGCGGGUCUCUCAGCCAGAAUGUGUGGAUGCCCAGUCGACAAGCCUCAUGGAGGCUGUGACAUUUGGUGAUGUGGCUGUGCACUUCUCGAGGGAGGAGUGGCAAUGCCUGGACCCUGGCCAGAGGGCCCUCUACAAGGAGGUGAUGCUAGAGAACCACAACAGUGUGGCCGGACUAGCAGGAUUCCUGGUCUUCAAGCCUGAGCUGAUCUCCCGGCUGGAGCAGGGGCAAGAGCCAUGGGUCCUCGACCUGCAGGGAGUGGAGGGGACAGAGAUGCCAAGGACAUCCCAGACAGAUUCUACAAUUGGCACUGAUAGUGGGCAGGCCUGUGAGGACACUGUCAUUUUAAAAUCAGAAUCCCAUGUGGUCAUGGUCAAAACUCCCCCACACAGUCUUCCUCAGAGUCCUGACUUUGGAUACACCUGUGGUUCUGAGAUUUGGUCUGAAAGUCAACCAUGCAGCCCUGUGCUAAGAGUAAACUCCCUCCUCCAGAACACAGGAAGCUUGGCUCCCAGAAAGACCUUCAAGGAGGAUGACGAGGAAGGUGGUCAUCUAGGUCAUCAACCUGAUAGAAGUCAGGGUAGCUCUGCAGAAGGGUCAUCCUCAAAAUGUGAUAUGUGUGGCAGAAGUUUCAGAUGUACAUCAGCAAUUACUCUGCAGUGUGAGAUUAACACAGAGAAGAAACUUGGCAAAUGUCAGGAAUGCCAGGAAAAACUUAACUGCCCCCAAGGGAGAUUCCAAAGACACUGUGAUGGAGAUAAGGCAUUCAGGUGUGAGGAGUGUGGGAAAGUCUUUAGGUUGUGCUCACAACUGAAUCAACACCAGAGAAUCCACACUGGGGAGAAGCCAUUCAAAUGCAUUGAGUGUGGGAAGGCCUUUCGCUUGAGCUCAAAACUGAUUCAACAUCAAAGAAUACAUACUGGAGAGAAGCCUUACAGAUGUGAGGAAUGUGGAAAGGCCUUUGGUCAGAGCUCUAGCCUCAUUCAUCACCAGAGGGUGCAUACAGGAGAGCGGCCCUACUCCUGCCAUGAGUGCGGAAAGGCCUUUAGUCAGCAGUCACAACUAGUUAGACACCAGAGGACUCACACUGGAGAGAAACCCUACCCCUGCAAAGAGUGUGGGAAGGCCUUCAGCCAGAGCUCAACCCUUGCUCAGCACCAGCGGAUGCAUGUGGGAGAGAAACCACAAGUCCCUAGAACCCUGGAGAGUUUGGAAAGGGUUCACACCACAGAGAAACCAUUUAAGUGUGAUGAAUGUGGGAAGGCUUUUAGAUGGGUCUCUCGCCUUAGUCAACAUCAGCUAACUCACACUGGUGAGAAACCUUAUAAGUGCAACAAGUGUGCAAAAGCUUUCGGUUGUAGUUCUCGACUUAUUCGCCACCAGAGAACUCACACUGGGGAAAAGCCAUUUAAAUGUGAGGAGUGUGGGAAAGGCUUUGUCCAAGGUUCCCACCUAAUUCAGCACCAGAGAAUUCACACCGGUGAGAAGCCCUAUGAAUGCAGUGAUUGUGGAAAAGCUUUCAGCCAGAGUUCUAGCCUCAUUUACCAUCAGAGAAUCCAUAAGGGGGAGAAGCCCUAUGAGUGCCUACAGUGUGGGAAGGCUUUUAGCAUGAGCACACAGCUCACAAUCCAUCAGAGAGUCCACACUGGGGAGAGGCCCUAUAAGUGUAGUGAGUGUGGAAAAGCCUUCAGUCAAAACUCAACCCUUUUCCAACACCAGAUAAUCCAUGCUGGAGUGAAGCCCUAUGGGUGCAGCGAGUGUGGGAAGGCCUUUAGCCGCAGCUCCUAUCUCAUUGAGCACCAGAGGAUCCAUACUCGAGCCCAGUGGUGUCAUGAGUAUGGGAGUACUCUAGAAGGCUCUGCCCACAUGAGCCGCAAAAAGGCUAGUACUGUAAAGAAACUGCAUAAGUGUGAUGAAUGUGAGAAAAUAUUCAGGUGGCGUUCUCAUCUAAUUAUACAUCAGAGAAUACAUACUGGAGAAAAGCCCUACAAAUGUAAUGAAUGUGGAAAGGCAUUUAAUCGGAGCUCAAGACUUACUCAGCACCAGAAAACUCACAUGGGAUAGAGCAUUUGCCAUUGUAAAUGUGAAUAAACCUACAGCCUUAACUUA